AUGUCCAGUGCUAGUGGUUUAAGAAGAUCACCGCGGAAGAAAGCAAGCAAGCCAGCCAGAGAAGCAUCACAUAAAAAUGUGGACAACACAAAUAAAACUCCUAGAGGUUUUCAGGCACCUUCCCAGUCUGAAAACUCCCAAGAAAUAUUUUCUCCAAGUCGUGCUUUCAGUAAGGUUCUUGAUGUUAACAUAGGUAUCCAAGGACAAUUAAAAGAAAUGCAGGCUACACAAAAAGAACUUCUUUCCACAAUGAAGGUGAUGAGAAAUGAAGUUAGGGACCUGAAGAGGGAAUUUGAAAAAAGAAAGGAGGAAACACAGGAGGUCAUCAGUGUUCCAAACAGAAUAAGGAAUAACGUAAAAGAAUUUUACGCAUGUGGAGAGGACAGAGAAUUGAAAUGGGAUUUCAAGAAAAGAUACAAUGAUGAGGCAAAGAAGGAAAUGACUGACUUCAUAAAGAAAAGUGUCAAAGGAAUUGCACCAGAUGUGUCUAAUGAAGUUUUAAAUGCUGCUGUGAAGCGAUAUUUCACUUCUAAGAAGGACGGAGCCACCAGAAAAGCAAAGAACAAAGACCAACUUCAUAGACAGCGUCAGGCAUCUUAUGAAAGAAAAAAUGAGAAAUUAAGACGAAGAUUGGUUACAACUGAAAAGAAGAAGAACUGGACAGAGGAGAAGAAAACAUCGGUGAAAAAGUUUCUUAGCCAUAAACAAUCAUAUAAGUAUAUGUCAAGUGAUGAAGAAGGAGCAGAUGGCUUUAUUUCGCACCCAUACACCUGGGAAAGUGACACUUGGAAGAAUGUGAAAGACAGUUUGGACAAGAAAUAUUUAGGGACAUGUCCACCCCGGAGUAGGCGACUCGUUCAAAAGAGAACAAAAGGUUCAGCAAAAGAACAGCCAACACCAGAAUUUGAAGAGGAGUUUUCCUCGGUUUUUAAAUGAACUAAUAUUAAUUUUUGUUUAUGUUGAUGCUGUAUAUAAACUUUUUAAACAUGUAAAUUAACAUUAUCCAUAUGUGUUUUAUCUUAAUUUGAAAUUUUUUAAAAUUAUAGUUUAAGAGAAUUAUUGAGUGAAGUAUUCUUAGCAAAUAUGUGCAAUCAACAUUUUUGACUUCUCUGUAAAAAAGAGAACUUUUUUAAUUUAUAAAUUUUACUUUUGAAAUUUAACAUGCAUGCAGAUACAUGUAUAUGCAUAUAGUGUAAAUAACUGUGAUUUUUUAGCUGUAAAUCAUAACAGACCAGGUGAGAAAUGUUCAAACUUAUAGAAAAUGUAUGCCCUGAAUUGUUAAUAUGUAAAUCAGUACUUUUUUGAAAUUGAUUUCCUGUUGUCACUGUUAAGUUGUCA